AUGGGUCGCUUUCGGCAGAUGCAAGACUCCAUCGGCCGCAACGGGUGGUGGCCCAUGGGCGCGGUGGAUCUGCGGAACUCCCGCAUGGUCUCCAGGAUCCGCUUCCAGAUCCUUAGACGGAACUCCGUGCACGUGGAGUUCUACUUAGACAUAAAAAACAAUCAUUCAUUUUCGAAAGAACGUCGUCUCUUCAACCCACAUGGCCGCAACGACCCCACAGACCCGAGGGUGGGGCUAGAGAAGAGGAACUGCGCUCGAGCAGUCAUGUGGCGGGUGCAGCUCCUGAUAUGUUGCUGCCUCGCCAUGCUGUCGGCUAUCGGAACGCACACAGAAUCACCUGUGACGACGCUGCGGUCCUCGACCAGAGUGACGAUCGCUGCCAAGAGAUCGAUCCCCACGGAUGCGCCGAUCCUGAACUACAUCUUCGAUGCACACAGCACUCUGAACAAGCACCAACACCAUCACGACCAUCGAUGGGGUCCCCAUUUCGAGGGAGAAAGCCAAAAUAUCACGGUCCAGGCUGGAGCCACGGUCGUCCUAGACUGCAGGAUAUCCCUGCUCCAGGAUAAAACUGUGUCCUGGGUGCGCAGACAGGAGGACGGGGAGAAGAUGAACCUGUUGACAGUCGGACAACAGACAUACACCGGGGAUCCCAGGUACACCGUGGAGUUUCAGUAUCCGAACAACUGGCGGCUCCAAAUCAAGCACGUCAACAGCAGCGACGAGGGCCAGUACGAGUGUCAGAUUAGUACUCAUCCUCCGAGGUUCAUCCACGUCAACCUGCACAUCAACGCCCCGUCGGUGCAAAUUGUCGACGCCAUGGGGGAGGCCCUGAGGGACAAGUACUACGAAGCCGACAGCACCAUCGAAUUGUUAUGCGUGGUCCGUCACCUGGCCAUGCAGGUGCAGUACAGCGUGGUGCAGUGGAUGCACGGGAACCGAACCCUGAAUUACGACACGACGAGGGGUGGUAUCAGCGUCAAGACGGAUUUGAUGGAGGAGGGUGCCAACUCCACCCUGAGCAUAGCGAGGGUGGGUCCAGGUGACAGCGGGAAUUACACCUGCGUCCUGACCAUAAUGCCGGAUCGUCCUGCGACGGUCCACGUUCACGUCCUAAACGGAGAAAGUCUAGCCGAGCUGCACCAUGGAUCGGCCAGCUCUUUUCGUGACCCCUCGACCCUAGGACUGCUCUCAUCCCUGGGAUUCGUCCUGGGAAGGAUGGUGCUGAGAUGA